AAAGUUAAAGAUGCGCAGUUUUUGUGGCAAGGUAACUUGCCUAAUUGGGCAAACAAGAUAAAACGUUUACUUGCCCGUUAUGAUAUUGACUUGCCGCGUGUAAGUGUUUGGUUACACCUUUGUCUCAGAAAUUCAUUUUUGAAUUUGUGCAAACAUGAUUGCUAUAUACCCAAUGAUUUAAAAUUUGAUUUUGGUUUAGGUUUAGAAAUUUUGCUGCAAAUAGUAAAGAUGAAUUAGUAUUGCUAGGGUUUCCUGCAUUUACAGUUGAAGAUUUUCAUGACACGGUAAGUUUGUGGGUUGAACAUGGAUCUUUAUCAUCUUUCUACGGUCAUGCCCGAGUGUCGUGUGUAAGUUUUAAGACGAUUUUUAAUGAUUUUAGUUCAUGGAGCUUAUUGAUAGAGUUGGUGAAAAGAUCAGUGUCGAUGAGCUGCUAGCGGUUUGUAUAAAAUACAGUUUUAUAAAUGUUGUAGAAGGGUUUUUGUAGACGCACGUUGCAAAUGUGAAUUUUAUACAUUUAUUAAACCCAACCUGCGAGGAACAGUUUCAAAAAAUGAAACUAUAUGCCCCUGACAGGACUCGAACUUGCGGCACUGCGAUUCCAAUACAGCGCUCUAACCAACUCAGCUACAGAGGCCAGUUGUCGAACUCUAACCACAAGUUCAUGCUCAGGAUAUUUCAACUAUCCUGCGUAACUGGCCAGAUGGUAAAAUGCCCCCUAGUCCAAGGAUGGAUUUACUAGGGGGGGGGGGGUGCACCCCUUAGCCCUGGCCAGAGGGGGUGCAGUGGGGGUGCUAUUUCUCAUGAUAAAGCAAGAAAUAAUUAGAGACAAAAUGAGAUACAGUAAUUUGAGUAAUAGCAUGAUGAUAAGCGAACUGUGAACAACAAUUACAAUUCAAAUACAGUAGUCAAGCAAGACUUUGCAGUAGUGGAACAAGUUGAUGGGCGGGUGGCACACAUGACCGACAUAACUCGGAACCAGAGCUAACAGAGCACCCCCCUACCAGAUCAUGCUGGGUCCAUCCCUGCCCUAGUCGUACAUGAGAUGGGGUUUUUAGCUACAAUCAUGGCAAAAAUUAUGUGGACAAUUAGCUCAAAACUCGUAUGCGCAUGUUGUCCCCCUCCUCUCCACCCCCUUGCAAUGUUGAUUUUCAUAAUCUACUGUAUUUCGCAAAGCUUUAUCUUUACCAAUGUAUUAGCAUUUCAACAUUGAAGGGGGCAGGGGGGGGGGGUGCUAAAUGCAGUUUUUGCAAGGGGAUUUCAUGUAUUUUCGUUUGCGCGCGCUGUCUACAAUAAUUUAUGCCAAGAUUGUCGCGGUAUAGAAUUUUAACAGAUUAUUAAUAUCAAUGUGUUAUUCCUGUACAGGUUUUCCAGGAUGAAGGAAUGUGCAACUAUAUUGUCGUCUACUUACGAUUGCUGACUUCUGCUCAACUACAGAAGAAAGAAGAGUUUUUUGAAAAUUUUCUUGAAGGAGGUCAAACUAUGAAAGAUUUCUGUAGUCAGGUGAGCUUUGUUGCUCGCACAAGUUGUAACAAACCUGCAGCAGACUUGUAGCAAUGCUCUUCCAACAACUUGUCAACAGGAUAUGUUCGCACUGCUUGUUCCCAGCUUGUUGACAACUUG